UUUGAUUAAGAGGAAGGGAAAUGGCAUUGGGGAAAAAAUGUGGAAGUUACGGGUCGGGGCUAGUGAGAAGUAGUUCGUUUGGGAGGAAGAGAGUUAUACUGGAUGUUGAUUUCAGUUCUACAAUACAUAUGAAGAAAGUGUGCAGUCAUAAUUCGCUUUUUAAUUAUGACAAGUCUCCAAUUGAAGAUUUGCCUCAAGAUAUUUUGAUUAGGAUAGUGUGUGGAGUUGAUCAUGAUGAUUUGAAGAGGCUGUUUCGUGUAUCAAGGGCAAUUCGAGAGGCGGCUGUGAUUGCAAAAAGGUUGCAUUUUGAGUAUGCAACACCAAGAAAGACGGUUAGUUUCAAGAAUGCAAUCGAGGAUUUGGGUGAAUUUAAUGAUGUUGAAGCACCAAAUGCUCCGAGGCAAUUGAAAGUUCGAAAGUUGAAGUUAAGCAAGAAGAAAAUGGAUGAUAUUUCUGUUGCCUUGUUUGCAUCAGAAGACGAUGAUGAUGAUAAUUGGCUGCAAAGAGAGUCAUAUAUGCCGAUGAAUGCUGAGUUUUAG